AUGUCCACCUCUGCCAACGAAGUACUCUCCUGGACGUCUCAGGAUCCCCGGACAAGUCAGCUCUUUGGUAGCUACGGGGUAUUGUAUCGGUUCACGACGGACGUGAACGCUCAAGGCGUCAAUGUCACUACGCUAUGGAGGACAAUUCGCGCCAACAAAGAGGACCGCGUCGCGAAGCUUGAGUGGGCGCCGUCUGGCGGGCUGGGACGCGCGGUUAUUGGCAAGAGCACGCUGCCCAUGGCGGACCUGGUCCGCGCGGACACUCGUGUACCGAAUUGCAGGAUGUUCAACGGUCCAGAUGGCUAUCAGUACCGGUGGCGGCCAAGCAAUAACGCUACGAGCGACAUAGUGUUGGAGGACCCUAAUGGGAAUGUCAUUGCGUUCUACCGAAACAUCCGGCCGCAGCGGUACAACAUUGGCGACGUCUACUGCGAAUUGCAUUUCGUGCGGAAUGCCGGGGCUGGCGUCGUGAUGCACCCUCCCCUCAUGGAUACAGUGACAGUAACGGCCAUGCUGUAUCGUUUCGUCAUGGCCUACGGCCUGUGA